UAAGUUCGAUUAAAAAACUAGUCACUAGAAUAGUUCUUUUUAUACUUGGCCUCAGUUUCCCUGCUUAGCCGAAAAUCAUUUUCAAGUGCUGCAUCGUUGCAUCCAGUUGCAUUAUCCACAGUCAGUUCUGUGAAGUUUCAUUGAAACAGGCCAUUGAAACGUCCGAGAGAGAACUGUGUGGACAAGUAAAGCAACUCCUCAGGACAAAAGGCUAACUAAAAGUUAUUCUUCUUAUAUCUCCUCUUUAGAUAAAAGCUCAUAAAUAAUAUUUUGCAGAUAUCAGUUACAAUUAAAUAGCAAACAGUUUCUUCUACCAAUAGAUAAAAGUAAAUGCGAACUUAAGCGACAAAGAAUAGUAAAGCCACAAUAUGACGAAAUAGAUAAAAAAUUAUUGCUAUGGUUCGUAUAAGGAAGAAUACUUGGUUACCGUAUGACCUAUGUUCUUAUAUUAGAAAAAGCGACGGAAUUAAAAGAAAGUUUGUCGUUAUGUUCGCGAUUUAAAGUGAAUAGUGGCUGGUUAGCAAAAUUUUAAAAAACGACAUCGCAUAAGCUUGGUAAAGAUGUACGAGGAGAAAGCUAGUGUCGAUCAGGAUGGAGCGGAUGUUUUUGCAAUUAAUUUAAAAAAAAUAAUAGAGGAAGAAAAUAUAAGUUUGGAAAAUGUUUACAAGUUGGACGAAAGUAGACUCGUAUGGAAGGCUCUUCCGACGAAAACGCUGGUUGGAAAAGAAGAAAAGAAUCUUGGUGCACAUGAGGCGAAAAAAGAUAGAAUUACAAUUGGCUUAUGUGCAAAUGCGUUAGGCACACAUAAGAUUAUGCCUAUUGUAAUUUACAAAUAUAAAAACCCAAGAGCUUUGAAACACGAAAUUUCGUUACCUGUCAUUUUUAAAUCGCAGACAAAUGUAUGGAUGGACAAAACAAUAUUUUUAGACUGGUUUGAAAACCAUUUCAAACCAUCUGUAAAACAAUAUCAGGAGGAAAAGCAAAUAUCAGGGAAAGUAAUCCUUUUGUUAGAUAAUUGCGAAGCUCAUAAAGCUUUGCUACAAGAAGAUAAAGAUUUUAAGAUUAUGUAUUUACCGCCCAAUACAACAUCUAUUCUUCAACCGAUGGAUCAAGGAAUCGUAGAGAAAACAAAAAGAAUUUUCCGCCAGAAACUCCUGCAGCGUGUUUUAACGUACGAUAAAGGAAUAAAUGAAUUUUAUGCCGAUUACACAAUAAAAAACUGCAUUGACAUUUUAUCCGAAUCCUGGUCGGAAAUUACACAAAACGAUAUUAAAAAUGCAUCGAAUAAAAUUAUUAAUCCUGCUAGUAGUCCCAUUCAGUCGAAAACAAGAGAGCUUGUACCUGAUUGGCAAGGCAUGAUAAGUGAGAUCACAGGAGAACGAUGUACUCCGGCACAUGUUACACAAUUUUUAUUAAACUGUAAAGAAGCAGAAAGAAAAGACGGAGACAUAGAAAUAAAAGAAGAACCGUCGGACCUUCAAGAAGAACCGCAAGAAAUUUAUGGAGGGAGCAAUAACGCAACUGGGAACAAUGAAUUACGUGUAAUAUUUGAGAGAUUGAUAUUUUACAGUGCAAAGGCACCAGCUUGCAUACAAUGCAUGGUGCAGGGAAUAAAAAUAUUUUUCUUGGGCAGAGAAAAUUAAAUAAUUAAGUAUGCAUACAAUGAUAAAAGUUUGCAGCCAAUUUGAAUUAUUUAUAAAUUAAUUCUUUUUUAUAUUAUUUGUUAUUUGGAAGUAGAGAAAAACCACCAUCGUAGGCCACGAUACUAGACAAUUCCAAGGAUGAUACACAAUAAAACAAUUUAAUGUAGAAUAUAAUUUUGCACUUAUUUAAUUAUACAUGAAGUCAAUGCA